AUGGAUGGUUUAACUCCAUGUACAGAAACUCGAGCGAACUGCUAUAAGAUUACACAAUUGGAAGAGAAAGUGAUUGUUGAAUAUAUACUUGAUAUGGAUCGAAGAGGAUUUCCACCUAAAAUCAAGGGUGUAGAAGAUAUGGCGAAUUAUAUUCUUGAAUCAAGAAGUGCGAAGAAAGUUAGAAAGCUCUGGGCUCAUCGAUUCGUAAAGCAUUAUACAGAAUUAAAGAUGUGUUUUAGUUGUGCUUAUGACUUUCAAAGAUCUCUUUGUAAAGCAGUACAACUAGGCAAUCGAGAAUGGGCUACAGCAAUUAUAUGUGGUAAUGGGGAAAGUGAAACUAUACCUCCAUUUCUGGUAGUUCAAGGACAAAUCCAUCUUUCCAAUUGGUACACCGAAACCGAUUUUCCUGCGGAUUGGGCUAUCAAACCUACUUCCAGUGGAUGA